AUGCCUCCUGCAAAGGUGAAGAUCGAGCGCAUCAAGGGAGAUCGCAUGCGGCAGAACACGUUUCAUAAGCGCAAGAUGGGGCUGGUGAAGAAAGCAAUCGAACUCAGCGUCUUGUGCGACUGUGACUGUGCGGUCAUCCUCAAGAGCUGCCCAACGAUCCACUGCAAGGAGGGGAGAUUAAUGGCGUACUGUAGCAAAGACCUAGAGUCCAUGCUCCGAGAAUGCUUGACCCACAUGCCGCUCCAUGUGUACGACAACUCCGAGUAUGCAAGGUUCGCCAAGGUGAGGCUUCAUGAAUUUGUGACUUCACUUUGUUUGUCCACGCCCAGCGCAUGCUAG